AUGAAACCCCAACAAAAUCACAAUUCGAUAGUCUCAUCAUACAAGGUUCCUCCGAGUGGCGAAAACUCUGCGACAAGGACGCCCACAAAACCAUUCCCCAACAAGCAUUUUGAUCUCGAAACUGUUCUAAAUGCUGAUCUUCGGCCGGUCGCCGUUUUGCCUCAGAAAUCAUUCGUUGGGUUUUUUGGUGCUGAAAAGUUCGAGGCCUUGAAAGGUGCUAUGUCUUUUGAUGAGAUAUGGAAUGAAAUUGACAGAAAUAUAGGAGAGAAUGAUGGGCCAAGGGUUUAUAUAGUGAGUUGGAAUGACCAUUUCUUUGUGCUGAAGGUGGAGGAUAAAGCUUACUAUAUCAUUGACACAUUAGGAGAAAGACUCUUUGAGGGAUGCAAUCAAGCUUUUGUAUUAAAGUUUGAUGAUUCAGCCUUGAUGCAUGAAAUAAAAGAGAGGGAAAAGAUCAGGAGAGAGAAUGGUGGUCCUGAGGAGGAAAGUGAUGAGAUGAUUUGCAGUGGAAAAAGAGUGUUGCAGAGAAUUUAUUAA